AUGGGGGACAUACCGUUAUCGGCCGCUUUUGGCACAGGCGAGCCGACUCCCUAUGUGUCGCCUGAAGCAGCCGCCAAGCGCGUCAACCCUACCAUCACACCUCAAGAUCGCGACUGGAGAAGGAUGCUCUACACCUUUACCGAGCUGCACAAGUCCGACAAAACUCUCCAGAAGAUCCUGUCGGAACACUUUACCUACCACGAAACCCGCAUGCUGCUAGCCUCGGACCGUGCCGACAUCAAGAGCCUUCAGGAUGCCAACACGGAACGGUACAACGCCUUGCUUCAGGGGCGCUUUCGCGGCGUCGAGAGAGACCUGGUGUCCAAGCUCACCAUGAUGUACUUUGGUCUGCCCGUUGAGCCCUUGACCUCUCUUCUGGAGGAGCUGGUCAAUGAUUUUGGGCUUAAUCAACCACAUGUCCCGAUGUACAAUGUCCAGCCACCGCUGCAUUUCCUCUCUGCCCACCAAGCUCGCAACUGGGGAAAGGACAGCUUGCGAGGCCAGGAAGCUCCUUGCUGGCCAAUGCCUAUCCCGAUGGGUGAUGCGCCCACCCACCAAGACAGACCUGCCCCGAAGAACACAUCUAUUUCUCAGAAUGAGCCAGUUAUGGGCCUUCGAGGAGGCGAUGGUGAUGACAAUGAUGACAGCGAUAGCGAUGAUGGCAAUGAUGCCAUAGGUUAUAUUUCCCCUGACAGGGUGUUCCCCUUUACUGUCAAGCACGAUUACUGGCCCCAAUUCGAAACUGGAGCUCUUCCAAAGGACGAAUGGAUCUACCUAUAUGGCUACACCGGUUGCAUCCCUUUUGUCCCCCGUAAGUGGCGGUCAUACGCGAAAGCCCUUCGACAGAUUCUUCAAUUGGACCACGACUCUCCUUAUUUCCACCCUGAAGAUCCUGAAGACCCCAUCGACUACAUUCUGGUUCACUUUGACCGAAAGACCAAAAAGGCAACGACGAUAGACGAUGAACUGUACCUGACCGAGGAUAGCCCUGCCAUGAAGUAUCUCUUGGAGCACUUCACUGGCGAUACUACCAGCGGCCAUGAAGAUUGCUGCGCCUUCUUUGCGACGUAUGCAGGGGAACGUCCGCCACACCCUCGUCACUGGGAGCCUCAUCCGGAGCAGUUUGAAGCGGACUUGGCCAAGAUUGGUCAUUAUGUGUUUGACGCCAAGAGCGGCCCCGGAAAGAAUGCCAUCAGCUAUGCCUAUAUAGCCUUCCCCAAGACCAAGACAGAAACUUUCACUAUCGAUAAGUUUGGCUGCAACCAGUUCAAUGCCAACUUUCGGAUGGUAAUUGAUGUCCUGCUCGGUAAGCCUCGCAGCCUCGAACCCAAACAUGGACUGGUUCGCCUUGUGGACAGGAACAAGCCGGACACGGAGAUCUUGCCGCCUAUUGUGUUUGAUGCUAUGGGCCAGAUGCAGUGGGUUUGGGAGAUGCUCCAUCCUCUGAACAACCCAGGUGCCGACUGGAUGGUGGACUGGAUGGGUAUAGGCGUCUACGGCACGACGGCUGUCAUUGUGCCCAACUACUACCCAGACCCUCAUCCUCAUCUACUAUCUAACCAAGUUUGGACUGGGAUGAGCCCCUUUGAAGAUGCCUUCGAAGUCAUACAAGAUGCUGUCACCGAGGCCUUCAACAAGGAGACGAUUGCCAGAAUGGACUCGAUCAUUGUGAAGGGGAUGAUGAACGGCUUCGAGAUUCCGACCAACCGCCCAUAUCUCCUCGAGGAGCGAUUACAGCUCGGAAAAGAGCUUCAAGGCAUGAUUGCUGAUGAAUACUUGCUGAUUCUUCCGGUCUGGAGAGCUGGGGAGAGCAAGUUGUUCCCAGCCUGGCCCGACACAUCCAACGUAUACACCGACUUUCCGCCCCUGAACUCUAGCUUGGGCACCUUGUUCAAGCUGAUUGACUCCCUGUGUAGUGCCACAAAUCACAGAAGAGACUGGCGCCGUGCCAAAGAUGUCAUCCUCCUCAAGUCCUUGCCUCCUUGGGACGCCCUCAAGACACCCAAGACGGAAUCUCCAGCCUUUCUCCUCACCACUGAAACGACCCAGCACGAGUGGUGCGCGAUUCGAAGUGCAAUCACAUCCUGCGAUGUCUCGGUGUCAUUUCUCAAGGCUUCCGAGGCGGAUUGGUGGCGGAGCAUCGCCAAGAGCAACAUCUGGGGUGUGCGACCAUAUUUCAGCGACGACAACUCCCUCUCUUGGUUUUGGAAUACCCACGCAUGGACUGACAUCAACGCUCUCACGGUUAAAAAGGUCGACGGCAGUAAAUCGUUACCGAUCCCCCGUCAGCUCGAGCAAGAGGCCAAAUCCGCCGCUGAAGAACUUCCUUUCGCCAAGGAGUCCAAAGUUGGCGUCGACGGCAGGAAGGGCACGGUUAAGGCUAAAACCAAAGAGAGGGUGUCUGCGUUUAGUUCGCGAAGGCAUUUCGGGACGAGUCCUAUCUUUGAUCGUCCGAAGUCGCCUUAUAUCUCUCCUGGUGGAUUGGCUCUUCCUGUGCCUGAGCCUCAAGAGGGGUCGGGAAAGCAGACGGCACAACCUGAAAACUCCUCGGGACCUGCAAAGCGGGUUCCAGGGCACCAAGCCAAGCGUCCAGUGUCUCGUCAUGGGCCACCUCUGCAAAGCUCUGCAAGGCCACUGCCUGAGCCUCCAGUCAAACCAACAGGCCAGAACAAGGGUGACACUCCUGGUCUACCCAGCUCUACAAAGAAACAGCCUGAACAUCAGGCCAAGCCUAGAGGCCAGAUCCAGCGCGCUGUACCUGCUCCCCAAUCCAAGCUUCAGCUUCCCUCAUUCCUCUCAAGGGAGCCAAGCCCAAGGCGACAGAGGCAGCCGCUGCCGCAGCCGCUGCCACAGCCACAGCGAGAGCGAGAGCGUCCUGAGUGGCUCCGCACGCCGGGAGAUAAUAGGCGACCGAUCUUUAUAGAGAGUGAAGAAGAAGAGACAACCCAUAGUUCCGAAGACCCUUUGCAGGAAGAGCCGACCGAAACCCCGGAUCAAGGUAGACUCCCUCCUGAUGCUGAUCUCUGGGGAGAAGAUGAUGAGCCCAUGAGGGAUGUGGAAGAGGAAGCCCAAGAGGAAGGCGAGCCUAGCAAUCAACAAGACAGGCGUCCUCAGGUCGAGUUCGCAUCCGGCUCUGAAUACGGCGAUGACGUUGUAUCUGAUACUUCAGGGCCAUCAGACGCACCUGUCACCUUCCAUGAGCGUACUUCGCGCCCUAAACCCAUGGAGCCCAUCGACAAUGACGACAGAGCCAGAACGUGGGCUGAACAACCUGGUAUCUUUGAAGGCUGGGACCCCAGGGCAUGGCCGUCCUGCAACGAUCUAGCCAUUCCCAUCACGGCGGCACCGACAGAAAAGGUCUUUCGAACGAGCGACAACGUCCCGAUGAUGAUCAAGGCCGUACUCACGCCAAGCGAGCAGGCUGAGCUGCAGAGCAGCUUUUUCGGUGUCCGCAACAUUGCCUUGAAGCGCGCCAUGCAAUGUCCGUUCCAGGGCUGCGACUUUUCUCACCGUCUCGAUGAGCCGGAGGCCAUUGAGCAGCACGCCAAGCUCGUCCACCAGGCGAAGAAGUGUAUGUGGUGUGAUGAGCCUUUGUUUGAGUGGUGGUCGCCAGAGCAGAGGAUGGCUCACCUGCGCAAGAACCAUCAGGUUAAGCUCAUCAGGGCCUUGGGUAUGAAGCCGCCUGCUGGAGACAAGGCCAAGUCAUCGUUUGCUUCUGGCUCUCGUUGGCAGCAACCUACCGACAGCCAAUUAGCCAAUUCGGGUGGUCUGUUUAACAGGGUCCCUAGAUCAGAACGGCAGCAGGUGUUUCCUCAGUUUGGGAACCAGAGCGCUCCCAGAGCCCCCAUGGCCGACAUGACGGGUACUGCGCCUCUUCAAGGUGGAAACGCCCAGCUGUUUGCUACAAACACUUCGAGGGGUGCUAUCCCUGAUAGAAUUCUGCAACUCUCUUCGGAGCUUCUCUCUCUUGUCUGUGGAGGUAGUGUCUUGCAGCCCAUUGGCGUUGCUCCCGAUCGAGUUGUGCAGAUCAUCUCGGAGCUCCAUGGUCUGGUUGGAGGGGUGAAUACCCAGCGACCUCAAGCAGGAACCACGGCACCACCUCGGCGUGCUGUUACUGGGUCAGCUCAGAUGGUAUCUCGAGACGUCGUGGAAAAGAUUCUCGAUGAGGUCAUUACCAAGUUUGUGUCCAAGGGGAAGGCUCAAGACAAGAUACAUCCCCUGAAGAAGCUGUUCCCGGAAAUGCACCCCUCCGCUUAUGAUCCCGUCGAGCAACAGAAGCUGUUUGACAGCUAUACCCCAGCUCGAAAUCUCCAGCCUCCCCGGACACUCACAUAUCCCCUCCCCUGGUAUGACUAUCCUGGCCCCCUUGUCCACGACGAUCCUCCCAUGACUUGUCCUCUUCCCGACUGCUUUGCCAACAACUUUGAGUACCUGCAAUCUCGUCAGAUAUGGGAUCACUUUGUGAAGAAGCAUCCCGAUGGCACUCUAGAUCGCUGCCCUCUCUGCCAUCUGCCGUUCGUCUACACCAUAGACGACAAAGAGACUGGCAAGAAGGUCAAAAAGCAUCAUCCAGAGGAGGAGUGUAUCAAGCACUUUGACUGUCACAUCUGGGAGCUCUGGGAUAGCUUGAUGCCCAAAGGAAAGUAUGCCACGUACGACUUUGUGGUGGAUUUGCCGCCGCCGGGUCCUUAUGAGGACUUGGAUGCUGAUGAAGAGAUGAUGGCUCUUUUGGCUGCUCGCUCAAAGGAUGCUGCUCGUCGGAAAGGUGGUGAAAAGACCAGUCGCCCUGGAGGAGCUUCUGUUCGCCCUCAGGAAGAGUGCCGAGAAGACACUGCUCAAGAGGAGCAAGCAGCCGAUACUUCUGGAAAAGAAAAAGACCCCCGAUGUCCCUUCUUUGAGAAGUGUGGUGCCGUCAUUGGCUCAAUGACGGAUGAACAAUUCCGCCGUCACAUACGCGUCUGCCAUCCAAAGGAGGUCCAGAUGGUCGACUUUGACUCUGGAGAUGGGGAAGAAACAGAGGAGGAGGCUCCACGUCCCCGUACUCGGACACCAGCGCCUACUCUUAGGCCUGCGAUUCAACUAGAGGUCGCAGAGGUCACAGAGGCCGAGGGCGCCCAAACUGACGAGUCAAACCGUCCUUCUUCCUCGACUGUACAGUCUGGGACGUCAACUUCCAAGAAGAGGAAGCGCAACAUGAAGCCUCGCAACCAGGUCAUGAAUCAGGGAUCAGAGGAUGAGCUCUCUGGCCUCGCCAGCGAUACCCCCUCCCGCACCAGCCGAACCCGCACUCGCGAGAAGCUGGUCCCCAUUGAGCUUCAACCUCUUGAGGAGACUGACGCCUACGCCCCGGCGGCGAGUGAGUCUAGAAGCUCAGCGACCCAAGGCAGAGAGCGUCCUUCCAAGAAGCCCCGGAGAGAGCGCCAACCCCGCGACGACGAUGGCGAGUAUGAAGACGAUGGUGCCUCUACAGAUGAUGAACCUGAAGAAGAGUCUCAAGCUCCCAAGCGCCCACGACGAGCUCGAUCUCCAGACUGGGUCAAGAGACUCGGCCCUGGAGGUCCCGACUUCGAGCCAAGCGACGACAUGUACUGCUCAAAGUGUCUCCGCAAGGCUCCCAAGAGCGGAAACAAGAGUCCAAGCCGUUCCCCCAUCGGCCGCGAGAAGGAACUCGAGUGCCACUCCAACCUCAACCGAUGCUGUAGGAUCCGCAACGGCGAGGGCGUUCCCGAGAAUCUCCCCAACCGCAGCGGCUGGAUCCGCGCCGCUGACCUGCCUGCUAAGCUCGGCCAGAUCAAGUCGCAGUUCACAUCAAAGUAUCCUGCUUAUGAUCGCACCAUCUACCCGACCAAGCCGUCCGAUAACAACGCGUCCGUGUGGCGAUCUGACCCCAACAACGAGGACAAUGAGCCUUUCUGGAACAUUCCCUGGCCGCCUUACGAGGGCCAGCCUCCGUUCCCUGGCUCGUGGGAGGAUCCCGGCAUUCCCGCCGAGGAAAGGGGUCGCAAGAAGCGUCGCGAUUCGUGGCAGGGAAGACAAGAGGAUGAUCCUCUGUAUAGAUACCAGAGCGACGAGGACUCGGAUGAUGACCUGAAGCCUGAUGAGGAUGAUAUUGCCGAGUUGCAGGACGAGGCGAGCAAUGACAAUAGCAGUGCUGCUAGUGGACUCAAGAGGCGACGGACCGGUGAAGCUAUGAACACGCCUGCCGGGUCUGGAAUCAAUACUGGAGCUGAAGAAGAAAAAGAAGGUCCUGCGACGAAGAAGACCAAGAAGACUCCGGGUAGUAAGUUCCUCCUACAAUCAUGCAUAUCAAGUCAUGUACUAACACGAUAUCUAGCAAAGCCAAAGCCAAAGCCAAAGGCCAAGAGGGCCAAGAAACCUCGCGGCGAAGCGGCCAGCGGCCAGCCCAGCAGAGCGUCGAGUAGAGUUCGACAGAAGAAGUCUGGCGGUGCAAAGUCUAAGGGGCAGACGUCGCGGGCUUCCCAGGGUGUGUCUGAGGAUGCCUCUGGUGCUGGGGAGUAG